GAUCAAGCAAAAAAAACCCCACAAUACAUAGGGUAUAAAAGCCAGGGUGCUUUCCACUGACAUCAGUUAAGUUUUAGUAACAUUUCAUAAUGUUGCCAAAAACUAUAACAUUUCUAGCAUCGCUAAUCGCUCUUACUUCUGCAGCAUCUGUUCGAGAACCGAGCUGCAACAAUGGCUACUGGACCCCUUUCUUUGAUCGAGACAAUCCAUCUGGGGACUAUGAUUAUGAAGCGUUAUCAGCCAUACAGAAUGAAAACCCUGGGAAAGUUUGUGCUUCUCCCAUCGGUGUAGAUGCUCGUCUGCUGAACGGGAAUCACUAUUCAACAUCUGGGGAGAUUGUUUCCGUUAAUCCCAAUCUUGGGCUUAUAUGUAAAAAUGAGGACCAGGAAGACCGGAAAUGCGAAGAUUACAAAGUUCGAUUCUGUUGUCCAAAAGAAAUUGUUGAACCAGAAUGCAAUAAUGGUUAUUGGACACCGUUUUUCGACCGAGACAAUCCAUCUGGUGGUUACGACUACGAAAGUCUCUCGGACAUCCAGAAAGAAAAUCCAGGAAAAGUGUGUGCAAAGCCAACCGGUGUUGACGCUCGUCUUUUAAAUGGUGAUCAUUAUUCAGUAGGAGGAGACGUUGUAUCAGUAGGCCCGUCUAUUGGUCUUAUCUGUAAAAAUUCUGAUCAAAGUGAUAAAAAAUGUGAAGACUACAAAGUUCGAUUCUGCUGCCCAAAAGAACCAAUAUUUCAAUGCCCCUACAACGCUUGGACAGCCUGGUUUGAUAGAGAUAACCCUUCUGGAACUGGUGAUCACGAGGUUCUGUCUGUUCUGCAACAAGAGAAUCCCGGAAAGAUCUGUCCUUCACCUUCAGCCAUUGAUGCCCAACUUCUAAAUGGUGACUCAUACACAAAUGGCGGCGACGUUUUAAGUAUUUCUCCGUCUAAUGGUCUCGUUUGUUUAAAUUCUGGCCAAUCAGAUAAGAAAUGUAAUGAUUAUAAAGUGAGAUUCUGCUGCUUCGGAGAAUCAACAUGCCGUAAGGAAGAUUGGACACCAUGGUUUGAUCGUGAUAAUCCAAGUGGAUACUAUGACUGGGAAGGAUUAGCAUCCAUUCAACAGGAGAAUCCUGGUAGAGUCUGCAGCAACCCAACGGCUGUUGAUGCUCAAUUAAUAAAUGGCAACCCCUAUACUGAUGGAGGCGACGAUGUAGUUAUUGGACCUACUCAUGGACUCACCUGUAAAAAUGAUGAUCAAAAGGACAAACGUUGUAAUGAUUACAAAGUUCGAUUCUGCUGUUCAAAAGUAUCAGAACCUCCGGCAUGUAAAGAAGAACACUGGACCCAAUGGUUUGAUCGAGAUAAUCCUAGUGGACAAGCUGAUUAUGAAGCACUAUCUAACUUACAGGUUGAGAACCCAGGAAAGAUCUGUGCUGUUCCAUCGGCUGUGGAAGCUCAACUUCUUAAUGGAGAUCCUCACACUUCCGGCGGUGAUGUUGUUACUGUUGGUGCUACGAUUGGGUUGUUGUGUUUUAAUAAACUCCAACCGGAUGGAAAAUGCAACGAUUACAAAGUUAGAUUUUGUUGUGAACCUGAGGAACCUGUUUGUCCAGAUAAUGCAUGGACUGAUUGGUUUGAUAGAGAUGAUCCUUCUGGUGGUUAUGACUACGAAGCUUUGGCUGAUCUACAGAAGGAAAAUCCAGGAAAAAUUUGUCCUUCACCAUCUGCCAUCGAUGCCCAGCUUACUAAUGGUACCCCCUACACAGAUGGUGGAGAUAUACUAACUAUUUCACCCACAGUUGGUCUCAUCUGCAAAAAUUCGGAUCAACCAGAUAAGAAAUGUAACGACUAUAAAGUGCGAUUCUGUUGCUUCGGUGAAUCAACAUGUCCUAAAGAACAUUGGACACCAUGGUUUGAUCGUGAUAAUCCAGGUGGAUACUAUGAUUGGGAAGGAUUAGCAGCAAUUCAACAAGAUAAUCCUGGCAAAGUCUGCAGCAAUCCUACUGCUGUGGACGCCCAAUUAACAAGUGGAGCUCCCUAUACUGAUGGCAAUGACGAUGUAGUUAUCGGACCUACUCAUGGACUCACCUGUAAAAAUGAUGAUCAAGAUGACAAACGUUGUAAUGAUUAUCAAGUUCGAUUCUGCUGCUCUGAAGAGACACCAAGCUGUCCUAACAAUGCCUGGACACAGUGGUUUGAUCGGGACAAUCCAUCUGGUAAAUACGAUUAUGAAGCAUUGUUCGUACUGCAACAAGAAAACCCUGGCAAGAUUUGUUCUUCACCUUCUGCUGUUCAUGCCCAGUUGACAACUGGUGCCCCCUACACAGAUGGAGGAGAUAAUGUGAUUUUAUCAGCACAGGGUGGUCUAAUCUGUGAAAAUGCUGCUCAAGAUGAUAAAGAAUGUGAGGACUAUAAAGUCAGAUUCUGCUGUGCUGGAGAUAACCAACCUGUGUGCAGAAAGGAAGACUGGACUCCAUGGUUUGACAGUGAUUCUCCUACUAGAUCUAAUGGUCUUUCAGACAAAGAAACACUAUAUGCCCUGAGAAAACUAUAUCCAGAAGAAAUUUGUUCCAAUCCUUCAGCUUUUGAUGCCCAGACAGUUGCGGGAGUACCAUACACAAAUGCCGGAGAUGCCUUAUCUGUAGGCCCUACAUUAGGUUUAAUAUGUACAGGAAGUCAUCAAUCCGAUCGAGCAUGCAAUGACUACAAGGUUCGAUUUUGUUGCGAAGGAGAAGAAACUGGCGGCGUUAAUGACGAGCAAGUUGCUGAAGACUUGGCAGCUGAAGGACUUGGCCUCAUAGAUACCAUUAAAGACGAUGUACUCCCGCCCAAACAAGAGUCUUCAGUCGUAAUUGAAGAUCAUUUAAUAUGAGAAACUUGCCUAUUAAAACUUGUUUUACAUUGUCUCAUAAUUGAAUAUUUUAUAGAUACUUCAUUACAAAUGAAUAUAAAACAUAUUUUUUGUCUUUGUACACAAAAUAGGGUAUAUACAGAGCUGUAUCGCAUGUAUAUACAUGCAUGUUACGCGUUAUAAAUCGUUAACAUAACAGGAAAAUGUUGAUAAUGUUUCUAUUGAAUCUAAUACUAUUUAAAAUCUGUAGAAUAAUUUGAAAUUAGUCUGAUUGGAUUAAAUAAAAGUUAUUUUAAGUCAGAAACAUCUUAAAUUAAUUGUAUGUGAUACUUGAUGAUGUAUGCUCCUGCAUAUUUUAUGGUGAAUUAUUUGUAAAGUGUAUUCAUUAUAGCAAUAAAUGAUUUGAAUCGUU